CAAAUAACGAGGUGCUCUUCAUAAAUGUAAAAUGUGAUGCACUGAAAUCGUACGUUCGUAAAUGGAAAAUCAGUUUAACUUACUUCUCAAACCCAACUAAUCGGAAAAGUUGGAAAGUUUCAGUCAGAUUACGAUAGCUCUACUUUUUAAAGCACUCCCAUUCUCUCAGCUCCCUCUACUCUACAUGCCUUUUCAUAUUGUAUGUUUAUGUGAAGAUGGCUUCUCAAGAUGUUAGCAGAACCUUAAAAGAUGCACUUUUUGAAACAUUAUCUUCUAUUUUAUCUCCAGUGCAUGAUGUUAGAAUUAAUGCUGAACAGCAAAUCAACGUUUUAGAAGUUACAGAUGAGUUUCCUGUGCAUCUGACUGAGCUGAUGCUUGAUGCUCAAGGUCCUCUUGCAAUUAGACAACUUGCCUCUGUUCUUCUUAAACAAUAUGUGGAAUGUCAUUGGAGCCCACAUACUGAUAAAUUUAGAGCACCUGAAACUACUCCUGAAGCUAAAGCAGCCAUCCGUGCUAUGCUUCCCAUGGGCUUACAAGAAUCAAUCAGUAAAUUACGAUCUAGUGUUGCAUAUGCUAUAUCAGCUGUAGCUCAAUGGGAUUGGCCUGAAGAUUGGCCCGAAUUGUUUAAUAUACUUGUUCAGAGUUUAAUCAGUGAAAAUAGCUGUGCUGUGCAUGGUGCUAUGAGAGUUUUGAAAGAAAUUUCUAAUGAGGUUUCUGAUUCACAAAUGCCACAGUUUGCUCCAAUCAUAUUACCUGAAAUGCUUAAAAUCUUUUUGCAAGACCAAAAAUAUGGUAUUAGGACAAGAGGACGAGCUGUUGAAAUAUUUUCAACUUGUACAGAAUUGAUAGCUGCAAUGGCACCUUAUAACAAAUCGGCACCCAAAGACUUGCUAUAUCCUAUUUUACCGAAGUUUUCUGAAGCCUUAGUAAGUGCCUUAAAGAUACCGGAUGGUCAAACGUCAGAUAGUGGCUUAAAGAAAGAUAUUUUGAAUGCCUUAAGAAGUUUAGUAAAGUAUUUUCCCAAACAGAUGGUUUCUUACCUACCUCACAUAUUGCCACCAUUAUGGGACUCUUUAACUCAGGGCGCUAACAUAUACUUGCAAACAGUGGUUAAUGAUUCUGAAGAAGCAGACAAUCCUGUUGACUCUGAUGGUGAAGUUCUUGGUUUUGAAAAUUUUGUUUUUGGUAUAUUUGAUUUCAUUAUAACUCUGGUUGAAGGCAAAAAGUAUAGAAAAUGUAUUAGAGAUAGCUUAGCUGAUCUACUUUACUACAUUUUAUUAUACAUGCAGAUUACAGAAGAACAGAUAAAAAUUUGGAACAACAGUCCAGAUCAAUUUGUUGAAGAUGAAGAUGAGGAUUCUUUUGCAUAUUCUGUCAGAAUUUCUGCUCAAGAUUUGUUGUUGUUGUUGGGUGUGGAAUUUGAAGGAGAAACAGUUAAAAGCUUAUGUGCAGCUGUUACACGUCAUAUACAAGAAACAAAUAAGAAUGCAAAUCCUUAUUGGUGGAAAGUGCAUGAAUCAUGCAUGCUUGCAAUUGGUAGUUUAUCUGAAGCAUUUUCUUCUGGUAUGGAGCAGAACAGUUUACCUUUUGAUUUAGCUGGUUUUUUACAUUCUGUUGUAGUUGAAGAUCUGAACUCAUCUGCAUCACCUUUUCUGUAUGGAAGAUGCUUAUGGUUUGCAAGUCGCUUUCCUACAGUCAUGAAUGAAGAAUUAGUAAAAAGAUUCUUAGAAGCAACAAUUCUUGGUCUUUCUCCUACACAACUUCCUGUAGUGCGAGUAUCAGCUGUUAGAACUGUAGCUGGGUAUUGUGAUCAUCUUAGUACUACAAAACAUGUUCAUAUCCUGUUGCCGUACUUACCAAGAAUAGUGGAUGGGCUCAUUUCCAUGGCUGUCCAAUUUCAAUCGGAAGUAUUGGCCUUAGUAUUAGAAGCCAUAGCAAUAGUCACAGCUAUUGACAAUAACUUUACUGCUCAAGUGGAAAAUAAAGUCUCUCCUAUAGCUAUUGCUGUAUUUUUAAAGCACAAUAGUGAUCCUGUUUUAAUUACAAUUGCUCAAGACAUUUUUACCAACCUAUGCAAGUGUCCUAAUACGAUUGCUCCUCUGCAACAGCGUUUGAUACCUACUUUAGUCUCAAUUUUACAAGCUCAACCAAAUAAAGUUCCUUCAGGAUUGCAAGCAGCAUCCCUGGAUGUUUUAUAUACAGUUGUUCGAAAUAGUCCACAGCCUGUACCUGCACAACUCAUUUCUCAUGCUUUUCCUGCAGCUAUCCAUUGCAUUAUGCACACUGAUGAUAACAGUAUACUUCAGAAUGGUGGUGAAUGCUUAAGAGCUUUUGUUUCUGUGGCACUUGAGCAAGUUACAUCUUGGCAAGAUGAAAAUGGAGUAACUGGUUUAGAUUAUAUUAUUAGGGUUGUUCAAUUGUUACUUGAUCCUAAAACUCCAGAGUGUGCCUCAGCAUUUAUCGGUAAACUAAUUUCACUCCUGAUUUUAAAAGCAGGAACCAUCAUUGGAGAGAAAAGUGAAUCAUUAUUACGUGCUGUACUUAGCAAAAUGCAAAAAUCUGAAGCUUUAAGUGUUCACCAGAGCUUAAUUAUGGUAUUUGCCCAACUAAUUAGUAAACAAAUUGAGCCAACAUUAGAAUUUCUCAGUAGCAUACCUGGUCCAACUGGUCAGUCUGCUUUAGAAUUUGUUCUCGAUGUUUGGUGUCAGUGUUUUUCAUUAUUCUUUGGAGCUUAUGAAAAAAAAGUCAGUGCAGUUUCCCUGUCCUUGGUGUUGCAACAUGCCUUAAAAAAUAAUGACCAAAGAAUUCUUAACAUUCAAGUUAAAGGAGACCAGAUACAUGAUUCAAGUGAAGGAGUUAAAACUCGAGCUAAGACUCGUCAAACUCCUGAACAGUGGACAACUAUACCUCUUCCUGUGAAGAUUCUGAAAUUGUUAUUGGAAGAAUAUACUUCAUCAUCUGUUCUACAAUAUGGCUCAGAUGAAGUAUCUUCCGAUGAGGGAGAUAUUGAUGAUGGAUGUGAAAACAGUGGUGAAAGCUCAAGUUUUCUUGAAAGUGAAUCUUCAUCCGGAAUAGUUUCUGACUAUAUUGAAAAUUCAUAUAAGAAUGCAGAUUUGGAAGAUGACCCCGACAUAUUAAAUGACCCCCUCUAUAACAUAGACAUGACAACGUACCUCACAAAUUACCUCCAGCAGCUAUCUCAGCACCCUUGCUUCAGUAUGUUCUGUGCACAUCUACAGCCUAUGGAACUGAGGGAACUUCAAGAUAUCAGGGAAAAAACCUCUUGAAUAUGUGAUUCCAAUUGAAAAUGUCUUAAUCUGUGUCUGUACAUAUAUUUGUGUCAACAAUACUAAAGAUAAACUAUUUUUUCAUCUGCAUUUUGAAUCUUAUUAACAGAACUUGAUUCAUUACUUCCUGGUUUUAUCAACAGAAUCAAAAAGUAUUUAAAUGUCAACAGUUAAUGUUUUUCUCAGUUUUGUUAUAAAUUUUUAUUUUGUUAAAUAGA